AGUUUUAAAUUCGUCCGUCCGCGCGAAUUCAAGAUGGCCGAUACGGUGGACUCAAUUCAAAAUCAAAUGAAACAAGAAGUGGAAAAGUUCCAAGGAAUUCAGAAAACUAUUCAAAAGACUCUAAGUGCUCGUCAGAAACUUGAUGCACAACUGAAUGAGAAUAAUGUUGUUUUGGAGGAAUUAAAGCACAUUGGGGAAGGUUCAAUCUACAAGUUAAUUGGUCCAGUAUUAGUGAAACAAGAUCCAACAGAAGCAAAAGAUACUGUAACAAAAAGAAUUCAAUAUAUCAAAAAAGAAAUAGAACGUCAUGACAAAACCAUGCAAGACUUAGAAAGCAAGUUUCACAGUCAUAAGCAGAAAAUAGGAAGUCUUCAACAACAAUUUCAGCAACUUUCAAUGCAAGCCAAGGCUGCAAACUAGGUAAGAAAGAUAAGAUAUUCUCUACGAUGCUUUCAAUGGAGGUUUUCAAAAAGCAGUUGACCAAAGUGGGAAAGGUUUGCUGAUUCUUGACGUGAAAGUAUUUAAUUUUGUUUUUGAACUACGAAAAUUGAAGAGUUCUGCAUCAAUAAGACAAUAUUAUGAACAAUAUUAAGAAGAAGUGACUGUGACAUGACUAUUGGGAAAUGUAACUUGCAAACGCGAAUAUUUUAAUGAUGUAUUAAAAUAUCGUAUGUUACGAUGGAAAGAUUUGUUUAAUAUAGUUAUUUUUUUUAAA